AUGUCGGUUAUUGACGUUGACCCCAAGGUUUACGGCGUCGCUAGGAUGCUCAACAACAACAAAAAUAAUUUUCUCGUAGAACGCCUUUGCACUGUGUGCGAUCUGAUAACUUUCCUUUUCGCUUUGGUUUUCGGUAAGCACACCGACAACUCUGUUUCCGAAGGCGUCGAUUACGCAAAUGUCGUCAUGGACGCCAUUAGAAAUCCUUUUAAACCUCGGUCUAGUGACGAGAUAGUUCUUGGUAUCAUUGCGUUUUGGGACUCUUCGCGUGAAAAGCGGAGGGCCGACGCCACCGUCAUAUCCGGAUUCCGGAAUGCCGGAGAUUAUGUUGAUACUCCUCGUCUAAAUCUCGGUAUCUACAUGGUGCAUGCCAUACUAGAGCUCAGUUAUGAUUUGUCUGACGAGGUGUUCAAUCCUCCAACUGUCGUUGCUCUGAAAAGUGACCUUGUUUCGUACAAUAAAGAGCCGGCACUGGAAGAGUCCCUCCAUAACAUCAUUGUUUGCAUCAUGAACGAGCUGAAAUGCGGCCUCCGCACUCUCCGGAUGGAAGAUAUUCACCGGUCAACGAGGAAUAAGUGUUUGAUAUUGUGGACGGAGAUACCGUCAUGGGGACCAGAGACAGAAGUUAUUGCAUCUCUAUAUCUACACGACAUCGCAAACUCGGUCGGCGGCAUAUAA